CUGACGGUUCAAAAAAAGCGACGAGGUAAAGAACCGUAAAGAAACCCUCGAAGGAGCUUAUAUAUCGCUCAGCUAAAAAAAACUAAUUACAUAUUUACAUUAACAAAAAAAAUUAUAACUUAUUCUUCAGAACUCGGACUUCCAUCUAUUGUUGCAUUCAUGUAAUGCUCUGAUUCGAGUUGGUACGUUGACUCUUGAGCUCGACGUCUUGCCAAGAGCCAAUCUUAGUUGCAAACAAGUGUUUCAAGAGAUUCAGCGCUAAGACAACUUCGAAAGUCGGUUAGAAUUGGGCAGUGGGUACGUAUAUCCUUAUACCCGACCCGGAUGACCGAAAGGGACAAGUCAAAAUAUGACCGGCCAGUUUUAUCAAUCACCAAAUGAGGUUAACUCUUCGAUUGGGACGGGUCAAAGGUUGACCGGUCACUUUCCUCAAAAAGUGACCAGUCACAUUUUGGGCGAUAGUCAAAAAUGUCACCUAAUGAUACGAAGGAUAUUCCAGAGGACCAAAGAGACGGGUUGAACUCAAAAGAUGACCGGGAAGCCUUUGAGGAAAGUUUGGCUCAAUUUGCUGCGGACUCAGCAAAUGCUCAAGCUCUGCAGGGCUAUCAACAAGUAAUGGCCAUGAUGCAACAGGCAGGGGGCUUCAUGCCAUUUGCCUAUCCUGGCAUGAUGCCACCGAUCGUGAGUCCUAUGGCACCCCCGGUUUCGACCCCAUCGACAUUUGUCCCUAGGAUGGUCCCUAUACGUCCGGUGAAUUUGACGGGGACCAUGAACGAAGCAGCACCUUCAAAUGUCCAUGAGGUCGACGAGGCGGAACAAGAGGCGGCCCGCAGAAGAAAGGGUAAGGCUAUAGCCAAGCCCAGCAAAACUCGGGAUUCGGCGUUCAAACGCCUAGGGGACAAGGAGGAUGGACCCCGCAAGUCUUCCAAGCUACGUUUUGGUCCUGAGAUGGGCCGGACUAGCGCAAUGGAAAGACUUGGCGGGAAUCGUCCUGCCCAAUCACGUCGUUCUAGGGAAUCUAAGACGAUUCACCUAGACGAGGAGGAAGCAGAAAGCCAGCCCAGAGCAUCUGAUGAGGAUGACCUGGACAAGAUUGGGAGUGUUGCACGAAAGCUGCGUGCCCUGGAGGAAAAGGUAGAAGAGAAGGCGGGACCAAAGAAGCACACACUGGCCAGAUCACCCUUUUCGGCCAGGGUACAUGCACAAAAGUUUAGGCGGAAGGUCAAGUUGGACGUGGAGAAAUUCACGGGAAAGGAGGAUCCAAAUGUCCACCUUGACACCUUCCACAAUGCAGCACAGAUGUCCGGGUGCACUGAUGAUGAGGAGUGCCUACUCUUCUUCUCAUCCUUGAGUGGGAGACCAGUGGAAUGGUUUAACGGCCUUCCCCAUGGUAGGAUUGGGUCCUUUGAGAAACUUGUCGAAGUUUUCCGCAAGAAGUACCAGGACAACUGCAUCAAAAGGAAGAAGUUCACCUACCUUAACACGGUAGGGCAAAGAGAGAAGGAGUCCUUGACUCAGUUCUUGACCCGCUGGAGGGACGAGGUUAACAAGGUUGAAGAGAUGGACGAUAAGACAACCAUGUCUUUGCUAAUGAAUGCCUUCUGGUCAGGUGACCUCUACACUGAAUUUUGUAGGAGGCCACCCUCCUCCUACCAGGAAGCUUACAAUACGGCAUGGGAGUAUGCCGAGGCGGAGGUCCUUAACAAAAGCAAGCGAGAGCUAGAGGAAGGCUAUACCAGGGCUGUACUCAAGGAGAUGGCCUUAAAGGGAGAGCUUGGGGAAGGUUAUGCGACGGGAAACAAGAAAGAUCCGAAAGCUAACACCUGGACACGUCCUCAAGAAAAAGAUCAGGGAAGGAGGAAAGGCAAGGAUAACAACAAGCCUGAUAAGGAGUUCGUCGAGAUGAUCGUCGGAGGCCCAGAAUGCAGGGAUACAGCCUCCUAGCGGAAGAACUGGGCCAUGAGCUUGCACGUAGCGGUGGUUUCCCUGGAAUCACAAGGGAAACAGGCAAGGAGGGAACCUCUCACUUUCACUGAUAGGGAUCUGCCCAGG